UCUCGCCAAGGACGUCACCCAAACAUUCGCUACCUUUGUCCUAGCCCUCCCACCUCUUCACGUCGUCCCGAAGCCCUCUAAACUACCAGAAAGGAACGAUGAUGAACACUCUGGCAUGUUCGCUCGCCGUGCUGGCCUCUGCGUCGGCCGGGGUAAGUGUACUCCUGUUCGUGUAGGCAGAGAGGUGCUGGACGUCUACCACUACCAUGCCUGUAGUCUAGUCGCUGGAAGCUUGUCGCGGCGUAUCGAGACAGGGGAAGAGAAGGACUCGGUGAUUGGCGUGGCGUGUGGUGUGUGUGCCAGGUAUAACGGGAGUUCAUCUCGUGAAAGGAGCCCGCGUUGGUCUUGUUUCGUUGACGGGGAGAGCGAGAGGCCAGAUGGUAUUUGUGUGCAUGUGUUCCUCCUGCUCAUCUCUCCCCCCCUCCUGUGGUCUCAUGAUACAGCAGGCCAGCAAUGCCAUGUACAGCGUCCUUGAUACGUGGUGUACGUGACUAACCCUGUGAUUCUGCUUGUUCGCCUGUGGCGUUGUUAUUCAUAGCUAGACAACUUGUUUUGGCCCUGGUCCUCAUCGUGUGCAUGUUUGCCGCAUUUUCGACUGGACAACAGGAGACUACUCUAAAUGCCAGAUGUUUGGUAGUGCUUUCAUAGAUUUCUACUCUCGCGCGGGAUGGAUGUGAAGCGGGCGAGGGCCACAAUCAUACAAUACCGUCAUGGUAUACGUACGUUCAGUAGUAGAGGUGUUUUUGGAACCGCUUGCAACAAAAGAACGAGAGAGAGUGAGAAGAGGGGACUAGUGUACGCACGACGCGUCUCAAAUCACGUAUGCGACAUGUUACCACUGUAGACUACACCACUUGGAAGCUAUGGAUUUCAUCCUCAUCAAAGAUCGUGUGAAGAAACUUGAGGGUCACCGCAGGCGCCACUCGGUUAGACCCCCUGCGGCUCCGAUUUGUUGCAGCAGCGGGAGGUUAGGGUUGCCCUUGCACGAUGUAGUGCUUCGAUCACCAUGCUGCGGGACAUUCCUAGACACGAACAUCCGACACACAAAAAUACAAGCUCUCGCCUCCUUGGAAACACACACACCCCAAAAUCUUUUACGAGCUGGAAAGACUCAUCUAGCAAGAGUGAUCAGCAGCCACGGUCGUGCUGGUGUACAUGGCGAUCAGAGAGCAAGCUCCGAUCCGACGCGAUUUUUUUGCGAAUACCCAAGAGUGUCCGUUCUGUACAGUGCCGAAUGUUAAGCCCUUAUUCACCGCUGCUUUCGGGCUUCGAAUCGGGAUCGUACACGAAAGGUUCCUCAAAGAUGGUGUUUUUUUUUUGUUUCGGCACUAUCGUUAGACGUUGUUUCCCGAAAACGCAAACCACUUGAUCCACUUGAUAGGCGGUAGUGUUAAGGUGAGGUCGCUAAUUUUUUUAAUUUCUCGUGAAAGCCUGCCUCGCCCGAAGCCAUGUGCCCCCGACCUACGAACGCUCCGUCUUUACUCGUCACGACACCGAGCUUGCGAAUGGCUGGUUUGAUGUUGGCUGCGGAUGGUGUCACCGCCUUUGCUCUUUGCUUAAGAGUAGUUCCUCAGGUCCGCAACUCUGUCUGGUUUUCAUCUUGGUUGUCCCCACCAUCACCAUAAUAUCGUACCAUCUUAACGAUGUAUUGUACUCCAUAUAUAUCCCAGACCGCGAACCGAUUGUUGGCGUCUUUCUUUCUCCCGCUUGUGGUCUUAUUCGACUAGUCAUACUUCCGUCAGUUACCGGGUCUUUUCUUCAGCAGUGCCUUCGCUUGUUUUUCCUCCUGUCGCGA